UGAUGAUGUCAUUUUCUACCGCUCUCCAAUGACUUGGAACAUCGUCCACUCGACUGAUGUCGAAGUGACAAGUUACAUAUUUGACAAACGUCUCAUACAUCGUCCAAGGUCAUUAUCAACGAUGCAGCGACACAUACUCAAGCCUUCGUUGCCUGGAACAGUUACAACAAGACCCUCGUCGUCGCUUUUCGUGGAACUGAUUCCACACAAGAUGUUGUAAAUGAUUUGCAACAGACGGAAUCAUCAAGCUCGACCACCAUUCGCACGAGUUCCCAUGCAGUCCAAGCAAACUUCAAAGUCCAAGUACCAGAUUACGCAGCUUUUGGAAGGGUUGAGCGCUUAUUUCCAAACCCCUACAUAACGCCAUCACUCACGGUUCCCAGCGAUGAAGACCAUACGCUCCAUAACCCCUCUGCUGCUGGCGGUCAUGCUCGCAUUGACGGGCGGCAUACUUACAUAUCGAAUGAUGGGCGGCCUGUACUACAGACCACGCUCACUCCUGCACACCACGACACCCAUAACACACGUCGUCAUCUUUCAAUACAAGAGAAACACAUCUAUAGCCCAGAAACAAACCGUUUCCAAAGCCUUCCUCGCCCUGGGUCAAAAUUGCCUUGCCCCGUACGAUAAGCCGAGUUUCGAUUCUCCAGGGAAGCCGUACAUCCAGAGCAUCAUUGCUGGCAGUAACGACUCCUUGGAACCUCCGGCCAAGGGGUACGAGCACACCUAUGUCGUGAAUUUUGCGUCACCAGACCAUCGCGACUACUACGUGGGACUGGACCCCAACUUUGCCGAUCCAGCUCAUGCUGCAUUCAAGGAAUUAGUAGGACCGUUGGUUGAGAAAGUUGUGGUGACCGACUUUACAAAUGGGCUGUGGGACGAUAAGGGUCCUGGAGAGUCGGAGUGAAGAAAGAUCGUCAGGGAUUCAAGAAAUGUUCAUGUAUGUAAUGUAAUACUCACGACGUGUACCAUCUCUAUCCAUUUAUUCCCUUGAGUUGA